GCUGACGUUACGCGGGUUUCUCAAAAAGUAUGAAACGGAAUGCAUCCGCAAAUGUGUGUUAUAAAAAAGUGAGUGAGCAAAAUAACACGACUAAAGAAAACCGAAGUUCGUCAUUCAACUUUUAAGGCGAAUGUUUUAAGAGUAUGGCCGGGUUAAAGUGGCAGGACAGACUGAAGUCUCUGGAGAAGAGGGCUUUAUCCUUUCAGUCUGCCCCUCUGUGCUGUCCCUAUAAGCCGCGUCUGUCCCGCCCGUGGCAGCCGUCCUCUGUGUGGAGACUCUUUCCUCGCCAGAGCGCAGCCAUCGCCUUCCUUCAGCACAUCAAGCAGAAUAUGCAUAUUUUUUCAUUGGAGAAGGAAGGCAGUGACGCUGGACAAAGAAUUUUCCUAGUUACCAGCUACAGUGAACUCUGGCACUAUUACAGGACUCACAGACAGUCUCUGAUGCACUGCUAUGAGGUCAUUCUCGAAGGAGCAGUCUGCAAACUCUACUUUGACUUGGAGUUUGACAAACCAUCCAACCUGCACCUGGAUGGCAAGGUGAUGGUGGCAAAAUUAAUUCAGUAUGUGUGUGAGAAGCUCGAAGAGGCUUAUGGUCUACACUGCUCUCCAAAAGACGUCCUUAAUCUGGACUCCAGCACCACGGAGAAGUUUAGUCGACAUCUCAUCUUCAUGCUGCCCAAUGCAGCAUUUAAAGACAACUCACAUGCAGGGAAAUUUAUUCAUGAUAUCCUACAUCUUGCUCGGAACAGCAUUCAGAAAAGCAACCCAGUGACAACCACAAUAGCAGUCUGUCCAGAAGAGAGUGGUGGGGAUGUGGAAACAUCUCAAACCACAACACCGGUCAGUCCAGAAGAGAGUGGUGGGGAUGUGGAAACAUCUCAGGCCAAGAGAAGAAAGUGUGAAGAGAGGGAUCUCAGCUUUUUAAUUGUGAAGAACAGAAAUGGACAGGAACAACUCUUUGUAGACCUGGGUGUCUACACUAAGAACAGGAACUUCCGCCUCUACAAGUCUUCAAAACUGGGGAAGAAUGCUGCCUUCACUGUUGCAGAGGACAACGAAUACGUCCCAAAGUCCUCCGAGCACACCACAGAAGAAGAAACCAUAUUUCUAGCCUCCUUGAUCACCAACAUCAGUUUUACAGGACAGAGGAUAUUGGCGUAUGAUACGCCAGAGAGGGAUACAGGAGAAUCUCCUGGUUUGACCCUGCAGAGACAGUCAGAUAAUGCUGAGCUGAUGGGUGACCAGCAGCCGUCUCCUUUUAAGGAAGUGGAUGAUUUUGUGUUGACGGUCGUGUGCAAAGACGGAAUUCAAGGAUACAUACGGCGAUGGAACUACUUCGCGUCUGAGCAUCUGCUAGUUUAUGAUAUUGGGAAAUUUCGCUGGUGCCACAACGUGAAACGUUUCCACAAGAGCAACAAUAUCAUGAUUGUGGUGGAUCUCAAAGAGGAGGUGUGGUAUCAGAGAUGUCAUGACCCUGACUGCAGAAGACAGAACUACAGAUCCUCCAGCUACCCACUGCCGCAGGAGGUCUGCAUGAGCCACAUAUUGAUGGAGGAUGAAGAAGACCAGGCAUAUUUAACAGAUGAACUGGGAAACAUAGAGCUUGUCCAGGGUUCUGUACCCAUGUCUGCUCCAGCACCACAGGAGGACUGGGGAGACUCGCCUGAUGACCCGGCUUACCUGGAAGCCCUGCAGGAGGUAGAACAGGCGACUGAACUGGAGGAAGUCUCAGAUGAGCUUCUGCUCCAGGCAGUUACUGAGUGUGAAUGAUUGUAUUGUUUUGGUAACAUUGGAUGCACAGAGUUAUGAUGAUGAAUAAGCUAACUAUAUAUGAUGGUACCAUAUAUAGGACAAUUUCCUAAGAUACAGUAUGUGUUUAAAUGUUUAAGAGUAAUUUAUUUCAGUGAAUUAUUUUACUACAUGCAUUUUCAAUUGUAUAUAAUUAAACAAUUGAUUUUACUGUAAUUCUUGUUAAAUUAAUUUAACAGUAGUUGUUGACUAAAUAAAUACCAUUAUGACUCCA